CCCACUAAACCAUGAACAUGACUUGGAAAAACCGUGGAAAACAACAACCUGAAAACCAUUAGACUUGACAUUUCACAAUAUUUACACACUUAGAAUAUGUUGAAUUCCACCAUAAGACUUGCUCUAACAUGCCUAAACAACCCAAGUCCCUCUCAGUAAUUUGGUUGUGUAAAGACCCUCAACCUCGUCAACGCCAUUAGACCAGUGAAGUGAUGAAUUAUCCGAUAAUAACUCGAUUAGUUUAACACGAACAUUAAUUAACAAGAACUAGUCUAACAUCGAUCUAGAUAUGAAACUAGUACCACUAGAUAGAUCUCGUAACGUUGUGCAAAAAUAGACUACUCGAACGCGUCAUUCGGAUACCGGACGAAGAAGAAUGUAUCAGAUAAGUAUGAAGGGAAAAAUAGACUUUUCAUCUUGACCGACCUGGCUGCCCGUAUCGUUUUUAUGAGUGCCUUAAUCAAAAUUCUUGGUCUUAUAUUAUUCAUUUAUUUACUUUCUUCUUUUCUCUUCCUUUCUUUUCUUCUUAUGCUAUUCUCUUCCCUUUUCUUCACCUCUGGUGAAUUCAUGUGAGAUUUCUGAGGUUGUGAGAUGGAGAAUUAGGCAUGACAUCAGGGGUCGUUUGUGGUGAUGGUACUGUGAUUGUUUGAAUCCGGGAAGAAGAAGAUUGAGCUGCUGCUGUGAAUCGAGGUUAGGGUUUCCGUUUCUGAGAUGCAGAAAUCAAGAGCAGUUCAUGAUUCAGAUGAGAAUCAUGUUGGUUUUAAUAAGCCUUGAAGUUGAUUCAGUGGAGAAUCAUUAAAGAGAUUUGAAUUAGGGUUUCAUGAGAAUUACAGAAGAGAAUUAGAAGAUGAAAUUGAAGAUGAAUAAGAUGAUGAUUGAAGAAAAUAGAAGAUAGGUUUGUUCUUAAUUGAUGUUUGAUUGGAGCCGUAUGGUUGUUUGAGGAUUGAAUAUGAUACUAGGGUUUCUGCAAUUGAUUUGAUUACGUGUGAAAUUAAAGAUGAAAUUGAAGUUUAGAAGUCUGUUUGGAGUUAAGUUUGUCUCGAAUUAAGAGUUAAGGUUGAUUUGGAAGAUGAGAUGAUUGGUGAAUCAGUAAAUUAGGGUUCAUGUUCUGUUCUUCCCCAAAAUAGAGGUUAGGGAUUUUGAGAGAAAUUGAACCAAACUGGUAGUUGCUGUCUUGCGAAGAAUUAUUGAAGAUUGAUUGGGUUGAUGACAUGUUGGUGAAUUGAACCCAGGUGAAGAAGAGGUUAAUUCAAUUGCUUCAAUAACUCUGUCUUGAGGUAAUACUGUUCUCAUCAGUAAACUUAGUAAAGUUAUUUGGUUUUUAUAUUGGAAUUGUGUGGUUGUUAAUGGGAUAGUGAUUUAUGAUGGAGUUGAACUGAACUUGGUUGGUAUGACGGGUUGAGUUACAACUGCAGCUAAUGAAAUUGAUGAUGUUAUUUGAGUUACUAGUUUUGAUAUUAUAAUUGAAUUGGUAGAGAUUCAGUUGAGUUUAGAUGAACUUAAGCUCAGAAUGAAGCUGAAAUUAUUAUGGUGUUUGAUGUGAUAAUUACUGAUGUUAUGAUUUGGAAGUGGAUAUGAAUGGAACGUGUAUAGGUGGAUGUAAUAUUUGAGCUGGUGGUGUUAUGUUGAAGCUAAAUUAUAGUUGAGGUGGAGCUAUAAUGUGUAUGGAAUUAGAGCUGGAGUUGUUACUGGUGGUGUUGAGUUGGGGAAGUAGAUUGUGGAGGCGCUACAGAUUGAUUUCCCGCACAAGUGUCAAAGAAUUUUAUAAAAACGGCCAGAAGUCAUAGAUAGCAUCAUUCUUCGAGGAUUCUUCUUUGCACCAUUUCUAACGUAACUUCUGAUCAACUACCUGUCUCCUUUAGAUAACUCCUACAGUAUUUCACAUGUUCCUUACAUCACACGUUUCAAAGCACAUUCCUCUAACCACCGCCGUUAAAGUACCUGCAGAAACAAUCUGCACCGUCAAAUCACUUCCAAGUCGCCCAUUUCUGUUACUCUUUCUGAAUCUGUGAUGAUGAUUAUUAGGUGACCAAACAAAUCCGCGUUAUUCAAAACAAAGACCCGGAAAAAAAAACACAAAGUCUGGGCGCGCCUCUUGAUUUCCAAGUCUGGGUCUAGGCGCUCAUCUGGAUUCCUCAUCUUCUCCUCCUCUCUAAUGGUGCCUUUGAGUUCUGCUGUAUCUCUCCUCAAUGGAGAGAGAACAGUUGUUGUUCUAUUCCUCACUCGUAUUCUUUUCUGUAUGCCAAAAUCUCUUUAUUAUGAAAGUUUAGGUCUAUGUUUAUUAGCGUUUGCUGGUUUGUUUAUUGAGAUCUGCGCUGAAAAUUCAACAUCCUUGAAUCAAUUCAAACCUAGGCCAGGUGCUUCUUCUGGGAUACUGCUGGGAGCAGUUACUUUACCUUCUGUUAUGCUUUCUCGGUUGAUACAGCUAUCAAGAGCUGUCGAAUCGAAAGAUAUUGAGCCUCAAGAGCUUGAUUAUUUGAUUGUUCAAUAUUGGGAUGUAUCUGCAACCUGUUUCGCGGUGCUUCUUUUCCUUUGUUGUUGCGUGAUUCGACAGUCGACCAAUGCAACAAGUUUUUUGAAGUUUCGGAGAUUUCAUAACAAAGAGAUUAGCUUAUUGUACAUAGCUGUUUAUGUGGCAGUUUGUUGUUUCUCUCUUGCACGGCAAUCUGAUUUUGGUUCACAUUUAGCGAUGAAAUUAUUUUGGGUGUUCUGUCAUGGAUUGGCAGCCGUGAGGUUAAUUCAACAUUUUCUUCACACUUUCCCAUCAUGCGCUUCCGUAGGUGAAGCACUUCUGGUGACCUCCGGCCUUGUUCUCUAUUUUGGUGACAUGAUAGCUUACACUCUUGCCAAGCUCAACACAUUUCUCAUUUCGCCAGAGUUACUUUCUGAACAGUAUGGUUUUAAAAGAAGUGAGAUUAUUACCAUUAUUCAGGGAUUCCUGAUCAGCCUUCUCGUAUUUCCUGUGUUCUAUGGUUUUUCUCUACGAAUUUAUCAUCAGCUGUCAGGUUGGAUUAGUCCUCAAACUCAUGCAGCUGAAGAGACAGAUUCCAAAGUGAUUGAGAGUUCUCUUCUCUUUUAUGCUUCUUUGAUAGUGACAUUGGUCGUGAUUGCCCCAGCCUGGACGCAGUUUGUUCAGGGGUUUCACCGUCAUCCUUUAUUAUGGAUAUUGAAUUUUGUGUUCGAAGAGCCACUGAAAAGGCUUGCACUAUGUAUAUAUUGGGUCUCUGUGAUAUGUGCAUCAGUCUUGCGCUUUUAUAAUAUUUCAAAAAGUAGGAAAAAUGAGAGGAUUCUUCUUCGGAAAUACUACCAUCUUGUGGCUGUUCUAAUGUUUUCACCAGCUCUUAUAUUCCAGUCCAGUUUCCUUGAUUUAGCAUUUGGUGCUGCGCUGGCUGUUUUCUUGAUAUUAGAAAUUGUUCGACUAAGUAUUCUCAAGAGAUUCAAUGUAUGGAAAAUAUGGCCUUUGGGGAAGCAUAUCAACCAGUUCAUGAAUGCGUUUACAGACCAUCGCGACUCUGAGCUCCUUAUUGUCAGCCAUUUUUCACUCUUGCUGGGAUGUGCACUUCCUGAAUGGUUGUCGACUGAUUUCAGUGAUCGCUCGCUUGCCCCUUUCGCUGGAAUCUUGAGCUUAGGAAUUGGAGAUACAAUGGCAUCAAUGGUCGGAUACAAGUAUGGGAUUCUCAGGUGGAGCAAAACAGGCAGAAAAACCAUUGAAGGUACUGCAGCCGGUAUAACAUCUGUUCUUGCAGCUUGCUUUGUUCUCCUUCCACUUCUAGCAUCAACUGGUUUUAUAAUCUCCCAGCACUGGAUCUCCCUCCUCAUAGCUGUGACUGCGAGUGGGUUAUUAGAGGCGUACACAACACAACUCGAUAACGCCUUCAUUCCACUGGUCUUCUACAGCCUUCUCUGUUUGUGAGUAUAGGACGCUAGGGGUUUAACCCGUGCCAUUGUGGCACGGAAUUAUGUAUAAUCAUGUUAAAUUAUUUAUUUAAAAUAAUUUCUAGUCAAAUUAUUCUGGACAUUGAGACAGAAGCACAGAGAAUAGGGGCUUUUGUAUACAUAUAAGAUCAUUUUGUAAAUACCAAUUCAUUGUCAAACUAUAAUGUCUAAUCUGAAUAAUCUUAUAA